GACAAUCCAAAUCUCCCAGAUAACAAGCAAAGUGCUGAACACAGAUUGUCUUCAUUGGAACGUCGACUCAGAAGGGAUGAGAAAUACUAUAAAGAUUAUGUCAAGUUCAUGAAUGAUAUUAUAACUCGUGGAGAUGCAGAAAAGGUGCCAGAACAAGAGCUGGACAACAAGACAGCAUGGUACAUCCCGCAUCACGGGGUUUACCACCCCCACAAGCCUGAAAAAAUACGUGUGGUUUUUGAUUGUUCUGCACGCUUUCGGGGAACAUCUCUCAACGAUCAUCUUUUGACUGGACCAGAUCUCACCAACACACUGGUCGGAGUGUUAUGCCGAUUUAGAAAGGGCCCCAUCGCCAUUAUGUGUGAUGUGGAAAGAAUGUUCCACCAAUUCCACGUCAUUAAGGAACAUCAAGAUUAUUUAAGGUUUCUUUGGUGGGACAAAGGUGAUUUGAACUCCAAACCUUCAGUUUACAGGAUGAAAGUACAUCUUUUCGGAGCAGCCUCAUCUCCUGGAUGUUGUAAUUUUGGACUGAAGCACAUUGCAUCGCAAGGUAGAAACACAUUCAGCAAAGAGACUGUUGAGUUCAUCCAAAGAGGUUUUUACGUCGACGAUGGACUUGCUAGUGUAACAUCAACAGCCAAAGCUAUACAGCUGGUCAAAGAGUCGAGGGAACUUUGCAAAACAGGCAACCUACAUCUGCAUAAGUUUGUGUCAAACAAUAAAGAAGUUCUUGCAACAAUUCCCCAAGAAGAACAAGCUCAAUCCAAAGAUCAGAACAUGGCUUUAGGAGAACUCCACAUUGAACGUGCACUUGGAGUACAAUGGUGCAUUGAAGCAGACGAAUUCCAGUUCAGAGUUCAAGUUAAAGACAACCCACUGACCAGAAGAGGGGUACUCUCGACUGUCGCUUCCAUCUAUGACCCUCUUGGGUUUGUCGCCCCAUUCACAUUGAUUGGAAAGCAAAUACUCCAAACAUUAUGCAAAGACAAGGUUAACUGGGAUGAUGAUCUUCCAGACCACAUUCUACCACGAUGGGAAGCAUGGUUGAGAGACCUGCCUAAGCUGGCAGCUCUGAAGAUCCCACGUAGCUACUCACAAGACAUCAACAUCAUACAGUAUGAAUUGCAUAACUUUUCUGAUGCGAGCCUCGACGGUUAUGGCGCAUGUUCAUACCUUAGAGCAAUAAGCAAAGAAGGACGGAUAAGCUGUUCACUCGUCAUGGGAAAAGCGAGAGUUACACCCAUCAAACAAAUGACCAUCCCAAGACUCGAACUGUCUUCUGCUGUAACUUCAGUUCGCAACGCUGAUGUAAUCAAACAAGAACUGGAAAUUGAAAAUCUACUAGAAUAUUAUUGGACGGAUUCACAAGUCGUACUGGCAUAUAUAAGCAAUGACGCUAAAAGAUUUCACACAUUCGUUGCCAAUCGGAUUCAACGAAUAAGACAAAGUACGAGUCCUGAAAAAUGGCAGCAUGUCAGCUCAGAAGAAAAUCCGGCUGAUCAGGCCUCAAGGGGUUUAACCGCUGCACAACUGAAAGAAUCAAACUGGUUGAAGGGUCCAGAUUUCCUUUGGAAAAAAGAUCUUCCAAUCAAAAAGGAAACGGUGGGAGAAGUUGAAGAGAUAGAUCCUGAACUUCGAGCAGGUCAUGCGCACACCAUGCGGUCAAAAGAAGUGAACCCUAUUCUAGAGCGUCUAAAGAAGUUCUCUGAUUGGUCGAGAGCUAUAAAGGCUAUUGCCAGACUCAAACGAUGCUUAAAAGAGUUUAAAGGUGUUCAAGAAAGAACAAACAAAACAACAGAUCUUGAAGAGAGAAGAGACAUAGAAGUGUUCAUUAUCAAACUAGUGCAAAGAGAAGCUUUUACUGAGGAAAUACAGAAAAUCAGAUCUCAGAAGAAAAACCACUGACAAGGUUGAUAUAUUUAGAACGACCUAUUCACAAGGUAGUGACGUUACUUGAGACUAAUACAGAGUAAAACAGACUCUAAUCUGGACACUCAUUGAAAAAUCACAUUGAGAACCAAUUAGUGAUUUUGGUGGGAGUGUAAGUGUCACUAAAAUAAUUUAUUUCUUGAAAAAUUUUAUGUUUAUUUCUAAAAAUUAGAAUAACGUAUUCUAAGUUGUUUGGUUCAUGUUUUAAGAUUUGUGUUAAAUGAUUGUAUUUUAUUUCGACUCGAAUUAUUUUGUUGGAAGUUAUCGCGAGAUUUGUGUACAUGCGUGAGGCUGCGAGAUUUGAAUAAACAUAGAAGAAGCAGAAGCCUGGAACCUAGCUACACGCAGCAGCCUCGUGUCUCCGUUAGCAGUCAAGAGUGAACAACGACGAAUUAUUCAGUUAAAGACCUCCGAAGUGGCAGGCGGCCACGAGUUUUCACGGCGUUUAAUAAAGAGCCCGUCAAAAGGAAGCCGUGCCAGUGUUGUCGCUUUGGAGUUACA